AUGAAGCUACCAAUCCGAGCAUCUUCUGUCGGUGCUUUAGCAGUACAGCCAUUACGGCCGGUAGCGACGAGGACCUCGUGCUCCAAACCCCUGUAUAAUACUCGAAGGGGCUACACCGUUGGUGACAAGGCAAAGGAGAAAGAGCCCGGCGGCCAGCGACAACUCAUCAUGGCUGCGUGUCUAGCCAUACCAGCAUUUGGCAUCCUGUGGCUACGGGGCGGCAAAGAAGACAUCAGCGGUGCUGGCCGCGGUGCCAAUCAAGAGUACAAAGAACACGCUGAGGGCAAUGAAUAA